AUGGCGACUCAAGUUGAAACAACAUCAUCCUUUGGCUCCAAUAACAAAACCGAGUAUAGAUAUGAUGUUUUUCUGAGUUUUAGAGGUGAAGAUACUCGCCACACCUUCACUGUGCCUCUCUACAAUGCUUUGCGAUGUAAGGGAAUCAAUGCCUUCAUUGACGACAGGAAGCUUGGCAAAGGGGAAGAGAUCUCACCUACGCUUCUUAGAGCCAUUGAGAGAUUGAGAAUUUCCUUCAUUGUGUUCUCUAGGAGCUAUGCUACUUCCACAUGGUGCCUAGAGGAACUCGCCCAUAUCAUUUGGUGUCAGAAGCGGAAGAACCAGCUGGUUAUGCCCAUCUUUUACAAGGUGGAUCCGUUGGAUGUUCAGUAUCAGAAAAAUAGCUUUCAGGAAGCCAUGGCUGCUCCUGAAGAUAGGUUCAGCGAUGACUUGGAGAAAGUGCGCAAAUGGAGAUCUGCUUUGUUUGAAGCUGCUAGCUUAUCACUGGCAUGGCUUUUCGAAGAAGAUGGAUGCAACGAAGGUGGAUUUAUUGAGGGUAUUGCUGAAGAUGCAUACGCUAGGCUACCUCCUAAACGCUUCCAUAACGUUGAUUACAUCGUCGGACUUGAGCCUUGCAUAGAAGAAGUCAUGUCACUUUUGAAUGAGUCUGAUAAUAGUGUUUCUAUGUUGGGGAUUCAUGGAGCUGGUGGAAUUGGCAAAACAACCCUUGCAAAAGCCAUCUAUAACUCAAUCUUCUUCUAUUUUGAAGGUGCUUGUUUUUUAUUUGAUGUCAGAGAAGUGUCAAAGAAAUAUCAGGGUGUUGUCCGCCUUCAACGAACACUUCUAUCAGAAGUUCUUGAGGAAAAGAAGAUGAAGUUGGGUAGUGUUGAUGAAGGAAUAUCAAAAAUAAAGCAUAGACUCUCUCACAAAAAGAUUUUGUUGAUUCUUGAUGACGUUGAAGAAGUUGAGCAGUUAGAACAACUUGCAGGAGGGGCUGAUUGGUUUGGUUGUGGAAGCAAGAUCAUCAUAACAACAAGAAACAAGCAAUUGCUAGUUGCACACGAUCUUAAAAAAACAUAUGAAAUGAAACAGCUGAAUGAGCAUGACUCUCUUAAACUGUUUUGUUGGCAUGCCUUUCGAAUGAGCCACCCUCCAAAAAGCUACAAAAGUAUGUCAAUUGGUGUUACAGAUUAUGUACGUGGCCUUCCUUUGGCCUUAAAAUUGAUAGGCUCCAAUUUGAGACAUAGAAAAUUAGCGGAAUGGAGAUAUACACUACAACAAUAUAACCAAAUCACUGGAAGAACAAUACAUGAGAUAUUGAAAAUAAGCUAUGAUUGCUUACAAGAGGGUGCUAAGCGUAUUUUUCUGGACAUUGCUUGUUUCUUUAAAGAGGAGAAUUUGGAAUAUGUUGAAGACAUACUAGGAGCUUGUUAUUAUGGGACAAGGUUUUAUAUUGAAGUUCUUGUUGAUAAAUCUCUAAUAACUGUUGCUGAUAAUGGUCGCUUGCACAUGCAUGAUCUAAUACAACAAAUGGCUAGAGAGAUUGUUAAGCAAGAGGCACCCUCCAGUCUUGGUAAACGUAGCAGGUUAUGGUAUUACAAAGAUGUGCUUAAUGUGCUGCAAAAUAAUUUAGGAGGAAAUGAUAUUGAAGGGAUAAUCCUUGAUCCACCUAAACAAGAAGAAGUGAUAUGGAAUGGUUUGGCCUUUCAGAAGAUGAAAAAUCUUCAAUUUCUCAUUGUUCGAAAUACCCAAUUCUUAACAAGUCCCAAGUAUCUUCCUAAUAGUUUGAUAUUGCUUGAUUGGGAGAGAUAUCCUUCUAUGACUUUACCACCAGAUUUUUCUCCUCCAAAACUAGUUUGCUUCAAGUUAUAUAGAAGUCUUUUCAAAUUGGAAGAGCCAUUCCAGAAGUAUGAAUAUGUGACAUAUAUGAAUUUCUCGCAAUGUGAAUUCUUGAGAGAAGUGCCUGAUAUGUCUCAUUUUCGAAAUUUAAAAACAUUGAGCUUUCGCGAAUGUUGCAAUCUGAUCAAAGUUCAUGAUUCUGUGGGAUCUCUUCAUAAGCUAAUACUAUUAGAUGUUGGUGAAUGUACCAAACUUAAAAGCUUUCCAUGUGAAAUCAACAUGCCAUGUCUUGAAGAUCUCACUCUUUCUGGCUGCAAGAGUCUUAACUACUUGCCACGUAUCGUCGGAAAGAUGGAUGCACUUACCGGUAUUUCUGCAGAUAGGACUGCUAUUAAAGAGCUCCCACCUUCCAUUGGAAAUCUUUCAGGGCUUGAUACUUUGUUUAUACACUCUUGCAAAAGUCUUAGGGAGCUUCCGACCAGCUUAUUGAUGUUGCAAAAUCUUAGCACACUUUUGUUGGGAGGCAUUCAACCUCGUGGUAGAAAAUCUUUAAAGAAACUAAUGCAAGAGAGUCAACCAUUGACUAGUUGCGCAAACAUGGAGUUCCUGGGACUUGGAAACUGUGGCUUGUUGGAUGAAGAUGUUUACCUUACUCUAAAAUGUUUUCAGAAUGUGCAUCACUUGGAUCUAUCAAGAAAUGAUUUUGUGUCAAUUCCUGACUGUAUUAAAGAGUGUGCUAAUUUGAGGGUACUAGAAAUACAUAAUUGCAAGAGGCUAAGAGACAUACCAGAGUUGCCAUCAGGGUUGAAUGACAUAAGGGCAGAGAAUUGCACAUCACUAACAACUGAGUCAGUAGGCCGUUUAUGGUCUCAGGCUAAAAUCUUCUUUUGCAAAGGAGUUGGUAUGCCGGCAACAACAUUUCCUGAUUGGAUUGAUUAUUGCUGUAAAGGAGGCACAUUGUCUCUUCGUGUUCAUGGGAAAACUUUCCCCCGUCUUGUUGUUGCAAUUGAAUCAGGGAAAACAAAGACAAGAAAGAGUAUUCCCUUCCAAGUUUUUAUGAGAAUCAAUGGUCGUCAAAUGUCAUGGAUAGAAGGUGAUGUUCCUUAUGUGCCUGAUGCAAAAUUUUCAUGA